AUGAUAUUUGGCUACAAUAUCGGCCUCACGGCCCUAAGCUCUUUGCUUUAUCUAGCCAAACCUGCGGCUGCCGAAGACUGCCUCGAUGCUCCAGGAGUACCUGGUACUGUUAUCGGCAUUCCUUUCACCGAAGACAGAAAGCAGAUGUACGCUUGUGAUACAAAAUGGAAGGAUGGUUUAGUGGUAUCCGGAUUGGAAGUAUGGUCCUCUGCGUUUGAAGUCAAAGGCAUUCGCGUAAUCUACUCUGAUGGCUCUCGAUCUCCAAUCCGUGGCCAAACUGAUCGUCUGAACACAUGGGGCUCCAAGAUCAGCGGCAAGCCUGGCCCGCCCCCCGAAAAAGGCUAUGGAUGGGACAAGAUUGAGUGGGGUACCUCGAAGAUUGAGAAAAUCAGGUUCUGGGGUGACUACAACUGGGGAAAGGGUCCAAAAGCUGUUGGCAGAAUCCAGGUUUGGCCUCAGGGCGCUGAGACGGAUAAGAACAAGAUUCUCGACGUUGGCAGCGAUGUCGGCGACGAUUCAGGGGGUUUCCGCCUUGACAAUCUCGGCAGUGGUGUACUCAUUGGUAUUCGGUCAAUAUCUGGUGGGCAUUUGGAAUCCUUGGAGUUCAUCUUCAUGGACGGUCAGGUAAGGAGCGCAAAGAUCGUGAAGAUCGACUGGCCUGAAAGUAUUGAAGAGUUGAACAAAAAGCAAGACAAUAUUGACAAAAUCGUCGUCGAAGAUUCUUGGAUCAAGAACUCCAAUCCCAUCAACGGAUCUGAUCAGAACUGGUCAUUCGGCAGCGGGAAAACUUUGACGCAAACACGGACCGUGACCGAACAGAAAACGGAGAUUGUUGGUGGCGAUGUUUCCGUUUCAGUUUCAGCUGAAGUAGAGUUCCCGAUGAUUGUGAAGGUCUCAACUUCUGUCUCUACAGGAGCCCAUUGGGAGACACAGUCCAUGCAGUCAACAACCAAUUCGGACUCUGCAGCAUACCCAAUGACCAUUACACAGAGUAGUACUUUGAACGGUCCGCUUAAACCACAAACUGCCAUUCAUUGCACAGUACACACUUACAACAGUAAUUAUAAGACGGAUUUCGUGUCCACUGUUCAACUCACGAUGUCUACCGGAAAGACAUACGAAAUUCAACAACCCGGCCAGCUCGCCUCUGUGCUAUACACCAGCUCCGUCCAAGACUGUAAAACUGUGCCACUCAAGGAUGUCCCUAAUAUCGGCGCUGUCCCCGAGGGCACCGAUGUUUCGAAGACAGAUUCCGACGCCCCUAAUCCAUCUGCCAAAACCACGAAACGUUCCGUGACCUUCAAUGGAUAG